UUCAACUCCGCUACAACUAAGUUUGCGAAAGCAGUACACGCUUGUACUAUCUGCGGAAAGACAUUUACUCGCAACUUCCCUCGCCAGAAUCACGAGAUCAACCACCUUGGUAAAAGGCCCUAUGAAUGUCCUGAGUGUGGGAAAGCAUUCACACAACGCAACGAUCGCGAGCGACAU